AUGCUAGAACCGUUUUGUGCCAUCCUUGUGAGUGCUUCCUCUCCUGCCCAGGUGGCCACGCUUUGGUCCAUCCGCCAUACCAACCUGCAGCGGCUGCUGGGGUAUUGCUGGGAGAAGCGUGGCACUGCCGCUGACCUUGCCUCAUCUGCUACUGCCGCUGCUGCUCCUGCUGCUACUGCUGCUACUGCUGCUGCUGUUGCUGCUGCUGCUGCUGGUGCCGGUGCUGGUGCUGAUGGCGCUAAGAAUUUUCGUGCUGAUGCUUCUGCUGCUGCUGCUGGACAUGCAAUGGAGCAAGCAGAGGAGCAGGUGCUAGUGUUUGAGUGGGUGCCAGGAGGCAAUCUGCACAGCCGCCUUGUUGCAGACGGGUGUGCGCCUCUGUCAGUGUGGCAGUGCCUGGAUGUGACCGCGGGUGUGCUGCGGGGGCUGAAGCACAUCCAGAGCCAUGGGGUCGUGCAUGGCCGCAUACACCCACGCAACAUCCUGCUUGACUCUGCUCUGGAGGUGAACUGUCUACCACUUAAGGAGCAUUUGGUCUUCAACUGA